CUCAUUUUUCUCAGUCUCUCCAUAUGGCAUAGUUUUUUCCUUUCUUUUUCACUUUUUUCCUCUGAACGUACAUUCGCAAAUUUGAAAUACCCAAACAAGAAACAAAAAGAAAAAAAUCAUCACACCCUUUCAUCUUUUUCCUCUUCAAGUAUGGCAACAGCAGCAGCAGCAAUAUGAUUUCUAGUAUCAGAGACCCAAUACGCGAAAUAGUAUCAUACUGUUUAAGCGGUAUUAACGGGGUUAGAUGGCCGGAUUUUGAUGAUCUUUUUGUGUUUCCAUUUAUAUAAUUGAUUUCAUGGAGGAAGAGGAGGGAGGGGAAUAUAUUUAGGCUUUAUAAUUAUGGUAGUAAUAAUCUUAGGCUUUAUUGCUGGAAGUUAGAAAGCUGGUUUUUCGCAGACGGUAUUUCCAAACAGUACCCAAAAAAAAAAAAGUUUGGCGAGGAAGAUGAGAUCUGAACCUGGUGGUUUUGUUGCGAAUCUGGCUCUGGGGUUUCAAUAGGUUUAUGAGAGAUUGAGUUUGAUUUCUUUGUUUAUUCAAAUGGAUUGAACAAGGAGGAGAAGGGAGAAACAAGAAGAAGAAGAAUAAGCAUUGUUCAGAUGCAAUGUUAAAAGUAAUUGCUCCUGGUUUAUUGAUUUCGGUUCUACUGUUAGCGGGUUCUGUAUCGGUUUAUGCCCUGGAUAGGUGUAAUUGUGAGGAAGAUGAAGGACUCUGGAGUGUGGAGAACAUUUUACAAUGCCAGAAGGCUAGUGAUUUUUUGAUUGCGAUUGCGUAUUUUUCAAUACCCAUUGAGCUCCUAUACUUCCUGAGUUGCUCAAAUCUGCCCUUCAAAUGGGUACUUUUUCAAUUCAUAGCAUUCAUAGUCCUCUGUGGAUUAACACAUUUGCUCAACGGAUGGACUUAUGCACCACACACAUUCCAGCUGAUGCUAGCCCUUACCAUCUUCAAAUUUUUAACCGCUCUCGUCUCAUGUGCUACUGCAAUUACCCUUAUAACUCUUAUUCCUUUGCUUCUCAAAGUCAAAGUCAGGGAGCUUUUCUUGAAGAAGAAAGCUUGGGAGCUCGAUCGAGAGGUUGAAAUGAUGAAGCAACAGAAAGAGACAAGCUUACAUGUUAGAAUGCUUACCAGGGAGAUUAGGAAAUCCCUUGAUAGGCAUACUAUUUUGUAUUCUACCUUGGUUGAGCUUUCAAAGACUUUGGAUUUGCAGAAUUGUGCCGUUUGGAUGCCUAAUGAAGAUAAGACUGUCAUGAAUUUGACACAUGAAUUGGAGCAGAACCGGGAUUCAGCAAAUGUAUCUCAUUUUGCAAUCCCAACUACUAAUAAGGAUGUUAGGGAAAUCAAAGACAACAAGGGAGUGAAGAUUUUGAGUUCUGAUUCAGCUCUAGGAAUGGGUAGUUGUGGGGGAGAUGGAGAACCAGGUGCAGUGGCUGCAAUUAGAAUGCCAAUGCUGAGAGUUUCUAACUUCAAAGGAGGAACCCCAGAACUAAUCCAGGCUUGUUAUGCUAUACUCGUAUUGGUUCUUCCGAGUACAGAAGUUAGGGUUUGGAGUUGCCAUGAAUUAGAAAUUAUCGAGGUAGUUGCUGAUCAGGUUGCUGUUGCUCUUUCUCAUGCUGCUGUUUUGGAAGAAUCUCAGUUGAUGAGAGUGAAACUUGAGGAACAGAAUCGUGCAUUACAACAGGCAAGAAAAGAUGCACUAAUGGCAAGCCAGGCAAAGAAUUCAUUUCAGAAAGUGAUGAGUAAUGGCAUGAGAAGGCCGAUGCAUACUAUCUCGGGAUUAUUGUCAAUAUUACAGCAAGAAAAUCUAGGUACUGAACAGAAGAUAAUUGUUGAUGCAAUGGCGAAAACCAGCAGUGUUCUUUCAACUUUGAUUAAUGAUGUAAUGGAGAUUUCUGAUCGAGACCGUAAUCGGAUGCCAUUAGAGAUGCGACCAUUUGGGCUGCAUUCUAUGAUUAAAGAAGCAGCUUGCCUUUCGAAAUGCUUGUUUGUUAGCCAGAAUAUUGGUUUCAGACUAGAGGUUGAUAGUUCACUGCCUGAUCGGGUACUUGGCGAUGAAAGACGGAUUGUUCAGGUUAUUCUACAUAUGGUUGGGAAUUUGUUGAACGUGUGUGACAAAGGAAAUACUGUAACUUUUAGGGCUUCAACAGUGAGAGGAAAUGAUUCGUGGAACGAUCAAAGAUGGGCAGUUUGGAGGUCAGGUUCUUCUGAUGGAUAUGCUUAUAUGAAACUUGAAAUUGGGAGAAAUAGUGAUGGUCCUUCAACAUCGACAGAGAACUUGGUCACAUCAGCACAGCUUAACAAUCGGAUUAACAGCAGUGAGGGACAUGAGGGGAGUUUGAGCUACAGUGUGUGCAAAAAACUUGUCCGGAUGAUGCAAGGAAACAUAUAUGCUAUUCCAGAUUGCAAUGGGCAUGUUCAACUUAUGGGCAUUGUCCUCCGGUUUCAACUCCAAAUGUCGAUUGGAGGUAGCAAUUUUGAACCAGGAGGAUCCUCCGAGAGUGCACCGCCCUCAAAUUCUUUAUUCCGUGGUCUCCAAGUGUUAUUGGCGGAUUAUGAUGACACAAACAGAGCUGUUACUCGAAAAUUACUUGAAAAGCUCGGCUGCGACGUGACAUCUGUUUCAUCCGGUUUUGAUUGCUUGAGUUCUUUGGGUCGACCAGGAUCCUCUUUCCAUAUUAUUCUUUUGGAUCUUCACAUGCCCGAGAUGGAUGGUUUUGAAGUUGCAAUGAGAAUAAGAAAGUUCCGCAGUCGUAACUGGCCAUUGAUCAUAGCUCUUACAGCAAGUGGCGACGAAGAAUUAUCAGAAAAAUGUUUGGAAAUGGGAAUGAAUGGAGUAAUUCGUAAACCAGUUCUUUUAUCGGGAAUUGCAGAUGAAAUCCGCCCUGUUCUUCAGCAGGCAAAUAGAAAUUUAUGAAAGGUCAGAUCAAAUAAGAUCGUGUCUUGGAUUCUAAUAUUAUUAUACAAAUAUUGUGCAGUUGAUAUUUUUUCUGACAUUUCUAAGGGGGGAUUUCAAUCGAAUAAAUGAGCGGUUUUGAGAACCCCCUUUGGGAUCCAGGCCUAGAAAACUUACCUUACACCAAUUUACAAUGAAAAAAAUGGUAUACCAACAAAUUUGACUUUA